AUGGCUCGCAACAAGGACCUGCACGUCUUUGACAUUGAGGCUGUUCGCAAGCAAUUUCCAGGGCUUGACGCAGGCUCUGUCUGCCUGAACAAUGGCUCGGGAGCUUUAGUCUACAGGGGCGCUAUUGAGAGGCAAGUCGUUUGCUGCGUGUACAUCGUUCGCACGAUGUCUGCACCCCAUAUGAAUCUCCGUGGUUUGGACUCGAAAAGCUUGGUCGACGUCAGGGAGCGUACUGCCCAAUACAAAAAGCUUGCUUCUUUCAUGAAUGCAGAGCCGGAUGAAAUUGGUAAGCGAUCUUUCAUUAGGGGCCACUCAAUUCCCCGGUGUUCCUGCCUGAUUCAGUUCCUACUAGCAUUUGGACCAUCCACGACUGGUCUUUCGCGGAGUCUUGCCGCAUCCCUCCUCCCAAAUCUCAAUGCCGACUCGGAGAUUAUCAUAUCCGUUCUCUGUCAUGAGGCUGACGUAACUGCCUGCGUUGCCAUGGCAAAGACUCUGGGCAUCUCCAUCAAGUGGUGGAUUCCAGCUGGCGGUAUGGGAAACAACAAAGAUCCCAAGCUCAGCCUUGAGACCCUUCGACCUCUCCUGUCCCCAAAGACUCGUCUAGUGUGCUGCGGGCAUGUGUCGAAUAUAACUGGAACCAUCGAGAAUGUCAAAGAGAUUGCAGACCUCGUCCAUACAAUCCCUGAUGCGUUAAUAUGGGUAGAUGGGGUGGCGUGGGCUCCUCAUCGGCCAAUUGACGUGAAACAACUCGGUGUCGACUUUUAUGUUUUUAGCUGGUACAAGGUGUUUGGUCCUCAUAUUGCGCAAAUUUAUGCUCGCCGUGAUGUUCAGAAACGUUACCUCACCAGCCUAAACCACUACUUCUUUGACCCAACCGCUUUGCAUGUGCGUUUGGGAUUGGGUAACAGCUGUAUUGAGCUUGAACAUGCCGUCACGCCCAUUAUCAAUUACCUCGCUGAUGACAUUGGCUGGGACGCACUCAUUGCCCACGAAGAAGUUAUCACAGCAGAAAUUCUUGGCUAUUUGACAGCACAUCCGGAUCUCUACACUGUGUACGGCUCUCAAUCUGCAGACCCGAAUGUUCGGGUCUCCUUGAUCAGUUUUACCGUGAAUGGGAUCGCUUCUGACAAAGUGGCGGAAGUGAUUCACGAAACUUCAAGCUUUCGGCUUAUCACAGGUGACUGCUGGUCUCCUCGGACCGUUCAUGAUGUCCUGGGGCUUCCGGAGUACGGCAUCAUCCGAACAAGUCUGGUCCAUUAUAACACUGUGGAUGAGAUGAAGGCAUUUGUACAAAAGUUGGAUGAGGUGGUACAUACCAUGAAGCAGUAG